AUGCAUCGCAUCAUCCUGGAGGAUGAGUCUAGUUCUUCCAUUGAACAUCAAAGGAGGCUAAACCCAAACCUAAAGGAAGUUGUAAAGAAGGAGAUAAUGAAGCUAUUGAAGGCUGGAGUGAUUUAUCCAAUAUCAGAUAGUGCAUGGGUCAGCCCUGUACAUGUCGUGCCAAAGAAAGGAGGGAUCACAGUCAUCAAGAAUGAACAUGAUGAGCUCAUUCCAACAAGGACAAUCACAGGACACAGAAUGUGUGUCGACUACAGGAAGCUGAACUCCUCUACGCGCAAGGACCACUACCCCCUGCCAUUCAUAGACCAGAUGCUUGAGCGCCUUGCCAAUCAUCAAUACUACUGUUUCUUGGAUGGAUACUCAGGAUUUUUCCAAAUUCCAAUCCAUCCAGAUGAUCAGGAGAAGACUACCUUCACUUGUCCCUAUGGCACAUAUGCUUAUAGGAGAAUGCCUUUUGGAUUGUGCAAUGCUCCAGCUACAUUCCAAAGGUGUAUGAUGUCCAUAUUCACAGAUCUAAUAGAAGAGAUUAUGGAGGUUUUCAUGGAUGAUUUCUCAGUAUAUGGUUCUUCUUUUGAAUCAUGUUUGGGAAAUCUUGGAAGAGUGCUACAGAGAUGUGAAGACAAGCACCUAGUUCUAAAUUGGGAGAAGUGUCACUUUAUGGUUAGAGAUGGAAUAGUGCUUGGACAUAGAAUCUCAGAGAGAGGCAUAGAAGUUGACAAGGCCAAGAUUGAAGUCAUGACAAACCUUCAGCCGCCCAAGACAGUCAAAGAUAUCAGAAGCUUCCUAGGACAUGCUGGAUUCUACAGGAGGUUCAUUAAAGAUUUCUCGCAGAUAGCAAGGCCACUAACACGCCUAUUAUGCAAGGACAUUAACUUUGAGUUCACAGAGGAGUGUCACAAGGCUUUCACUAAGAUCAAGGAUGCAUUGGUCAGUGCGCCAGUGGUUCAACCUCCAAACUGGGAACUACCUUUUGAGAUAAUGUGUGAUGCAAGUGAUUAUGCAGUAGGAGCAGUGCUUGGGCAAAGAAAAGACAAGAAGCUACAUGUGAUCUAUUAUGCCAGCAGAACGCUUGAUGAGGCACAAUGCAAGUAUGCCACGACAGAAAAGGAGCUUCUAGCUAUUGUCUUUGCAUUUGAGAAGUUUCGAUCAUACUUGGUGGGAUCGAAAGUUAUAGUUCAUUCUGAUCAUGCAGCAUUAAGGUAUCUCUUAUCCAAGAAAGAUGCCAAGCCAAGAUUGCUGAGAUGGAUACUACUAUUGCAAGAAUUUGAUCUUGAGAUCAAGGAUAGAAGAGGAGCAGAUAAUGGAGUAGCUGAUCACCUUUCAAGGAUGAGAGUUGAAGAAAACUACCUCUUGAUGAUAGGCUACCUGAAGAAACAGUUUAUGCAGCUGAAGCUAGCAAUAAGCAUGGACAACUAA